CCACAGCGGCACAAGAGUGGCAGAGCACGGUUUGUUUCUCGGCAAGCACGUGUAACAGUCGACAUCUGAAACAAAACACACUUAUUUUGCUGCUGUUGAACAGAAUCUCUAUUGCUUUUGGAGCCAACUCGUCCGCAAUAAGCAGGCACUCCUGUGGCUCGGGCUCCUCUACGGCAGCACAGGAGGGCAGGGCCGUACCCCUGCCAUGGAAAACCGCAUUCCUUCUGCCCGUUGGUCUGUUUGCUCUGGUGCCCGGAGAUAACGCUAUUUCUGGCGUUGUUGGCGCUGCAGCAGCUGCUCAGCAGUGAAGGUGGGUGAUGGAAUUCUUCGGGUUUGGUUUUAACUCUCGCAUAAGCUCCGCCAGCUCCGCGCGCCCGCCGCGUCACACCCCAGCGCCUGCGGGCAGGAGGGGGAAGGCACAGCGCCUCUUGCGUUCCCUCCUCUUAAAAGCGCUCAAGGGAGAGGAGAAGAGAUUUUUCUCUAUUUGUGGAAGGGAUAUCGAGCGGGCAGCAGCGGGAUGUUGUUGCUGCGCGCUACCCUGGAGAUGCACCGGAGCCAGGCAGCGUCGCACGUCCGCGGUGCUGGCACCGCCCCUGGCACGCGAUGCGCUGGACCGGGGCCACCCGCACUUUGCAGGCGGAUCUCCGCUCUGCUCGCUCCUAACGCCGGCCGUCUGUGGGCCGUGCGGUCCGAGCACGGAGCUGCAGGUCGGAGUUGGAUGCGGGGUGCAAGAGUGGCGUUCCCUGGGGGCGCGACGCAGCGAGCAGAGCGGCAGCGAUCUGUGAGCUCUCCGCCCCCCGCGGAGCAGAGCCGUCCCAGGCAUGCCUUCCUCCCGCCCCUCCCAGCACCACCAGAAAUAGCUCGAGCCUUGGUGCCCGGCUCGCAGUACCUCCAGCGGGCUGGCAGCUCCUCUAGGAGCCCCACGCUCCGUGUCCCUGGCGCUGGUCCUGACCCCACGAGCACCUCCCCGAGCGCCGCGCCGCCUGCUCAUCUCCUCCAGCGCCCGAUGGCCAACAGCACUCCGCUCUGGGACAACAGCAGCCGGGCUCUGUGCCCCGUGGAUGCCGCCUUUGCGCAGCGCUUCCUGCCCGGCGUGUACCUGGUGGUGACCCCGCUGGGGCUGCUGGGGAACGUGCUGGGGCUGUGCUAUCUGCACUCCGGCCCCCGCAGCCCGCUCAGCCGGCUGGUGGGCCACCUGGGCCUGGCCGACCUGCUGUACAUCUGCACGCUGCCCUUCCUCAUCAGCUACUACCUGCGCGGCCGCACCUGGGCCUUCGGGAGGGGCUGGUGCCGCCUCACCCGCGGGCUCUUCCACCUCAACCUCUACGCCAGCAUCGGUUUCCUCACCUGCAUCAGCGUGCACCGCUACCUGGGCAUCGUGCACCCACUGCGGGCGCGGGGCCGCUGCCAGGCUGCCGUGUCUCCAGGCCGGCUCAGUGCGGCCGUGUGGCUGUGGGUCAUGGUGCAGGUGGGCCCUGACUUCGCCUUCAGCAAGAUGGACCCCAUGGGGAUGCGGUGCCACGACACGACGGGGGAUGAAAGCCUGGGUGCCUACGUGCCCUACACUGCCGCCAUCACCGUGACGGGGUUCGUCAUCCCCUUCCUCAUCAUCGUCGGGUGCUACUGCCACGUGGUGGUGGUGCUCUGCAGGAGUGACACGGUGGAGCCCGGCCUCAGGAGGAGCAGCAUCAGGCUGGUGGUGCUCGUCAUGGUCCUCUUCUCCGUCUGCUUCCUGCCCUACCACAUCUUCAGGAACCUCAACUUGCUGUCCCGAGCCUGGCAGCGGCAGGGGUCCUGCACACAGGCCAUGAAGAACAUCUACAUCUCCUACCAGGUGACCAGGGGCCUGGCCAGCUUCAAUAGCGCACUCAACCCUUUGCUCUACAUCAUGACCAGCAAAGACUGCAUGUCACGCAUGAGGAAUAUCCACCAAAGGGCCAAGGAGACCCUGGGAUCCAUCUUCACAUGGGAAUCCUCUAAGCGAGCCCACAAGAUGAGGAGCAGCAUCGUCUUUGAGGAGCAGGAGGCUUCUGAGCAGCUCUGAUCAGUGCAGCACCUCCCCGACACCUGUGUACAUCAGCUUCAGCUUUCCCCCACCUGAAGCACGCUUUGUGCACGAGCAGCUGCAACGCAUGACUGCAGCAGUGAAACUUGAAGCAGCAGAUUUCAGAAGGGGCACAUGAGUUAGAACUGCCCCCUACCUGGAGAGCACAGCCCCACGCAGGACUGAAAUCAGAGCAAAGCCUGAACCAGUACCAGCCAGCUGCUGCUUACAUGGCCCCACCUCACUGCUCCACAGAGGACACAGUGGCGAUCACAUGGGGCUAAUGCAUCUGAGGUGCAAAUAAACACUUGACAUGUUCACUUGUGCCCCUCUGGCUUCUUCUAAAGCUUAGCGGCAGCACAGAGCCAGCUGGCCUGGGGGAUGGAGCUGGGGCACACACCAGCUCUGCUCCCCCCCAUGCGCCCAGCUCUCAUCCGCUGCCCCCCCCAUCAUUAAGGGUGAAUUAAAGAGCAUCCCACAAACCAGCCCUGAGCCCAGGAUCUGUAGCAUCUCGUGGUUCCAUAUCCCACGUCAGUCAAUCCAGCAGAAGCCAUUGGGAUCUGUACUCUGUAACAAUGGCUCCAGGGCUUGAUGGCAUCUUAUGCUUCACAGCCCUCCUGAUCCUCAGGCAGCACCACUCUCCAUCCAAGCUGAAAAGAAGAAAGAAGAAAAAGCUCCCCCCCCAACGCAGCCAAGUUCCCUUCCUUAAUUAGCUGCGUGUGUAAUUAAGGACAACCACUGGCACAUGAGCCUGCCUGGCUCUCACAGCUGUGUAAUGGAGCAGCAAAGCAGCCCCCUCCUGCUGCUUUUGCUCCAGGCUCCUCCCUGUGCAAAGAGCAGCUGCUGCCCCACAGGUGACAAAUGUGACAGACAGAGAUGUACAGAUGUACGACCAUUUCACUUCCUUCUAGAAUGCAAAACUGUUCUGCUUGGCAUCCAAAAUGCUACACAAGAACAUACUGCUGUCAACAGCAGCUAAACCAGAGGCCCCCAGCAGAGCAAGGACUGCAGGGCAGGGGGCUUUGGGAGCAUCUCCUGUGGUGUGGUGGGAGCUGCAAGAAGGGCUGAGUCCUGCAGGUCACUAAUGAAAGGUCACAGCAUCCCCGAAUGCAGCAUUUAUUUCUGCAGCAGAGCAGUUUCACUGUCCCAGUACAUCUGGGUAUAGGGAGAGCAGACCUGACAGCUCAUCUGAUUUACCAAGGACAUGGGCUGAGCUGGGGAAGCAAAGGUAAUGCAGUUAACUCUGGGCGAUCCGGACAAAAAUGGUCAAUAUGUGUGGGAUCGGGUGCUGCCAGUGAAUGUUUCUUUAAAAUGAAAUUCAGAGUCUUUGUGCAGAGUGCUUUGGCAUCUGGGAGACCAACAGUUUAUUAAGGAGAGUACCCGUAUAAAUAGAACAACAUUCAGCGUGGCUGCAUGAGGCUGUUGGUCUCAUAUUAUUCCUCUGUGUGUGUGGUUAUAAAUAGGGACCUCCAUGGGGCAGGAGGUGCCCGUGGUAACCCAGAGCUUCACCUGCACAGCUCUGUACCUCAGCCCCUGCCCAGAGACACUCAAACGGAGCAUAUUGAAGCGAGCCUCCUUGUCCCACUGCAGCCCCAGGCUGACCUUCCUGCUCCAAGCAGGCGCUUUGCCCAGCUCCCCAAAGCCCAGCGUUCAUUUCAUUCCCAUCACUGACUCAGAAAUCCGCAGAGCAGCUGUGGCCACGGUGCUGCUGUGUGCUCUGCCCCGGGGACGUGGCUCAGCCACUGCACGUUGGCCGAGAGCCACGGGGGCAUCUCUGUGUGCCCCUAUGGGAGCAGCCAUCUCUGUGUGCCCCUGUGGGAGCAGCCAUCUCUGUGUGCCCUUAUGGGAGCAGCCAUCUCUGUGUGCCCUUAUGGGAGCAGCCAUCCCAUCGUCCCCAUUCAUCACCCUGAGAGAAGCAGCUGGGGAACUUCAGUGCACAAACGAUUUGGUAAAAAGUCGCGACUUCGAGGUGGAGAACAAAACGUGUCUGCAGUGCAGUGCUCUCACUGCACCACAAAGCAAAUAGUUUCGGUUUGGUUUAUUUGUUCCCCACUGAGAAAUCACUCCUGGUCCUGCAGCCCCCGGCUCCACAACCCAACCGCAGCACUGGGUGGGAGCAAUGAGAGCAGCAGGACGGCAGCAUUCCCCUUCCCAGCCCCACCGCAGGAUGAGGGCGAAGCUGUCAUCCAGGCAUCCUCAGGAAAAUCCUUGCAUAUUUGCAGUGCAUUCCCAGAACAUCUGCCCCUCCCCUGUCUGCAGCAGAGAACUCAUUUAUAGCACUGCCCACCGUGGGAGCGGAGCAGGUCCUGCUCUGCACUCAGCCAAGCACUGCUUUGUGUGCUGAUCUCAGUGCCACCACCCUCAGCCCUGACUGUGCUGGAAUGCCCACAUCCCAACUGGUUGUCUGCUCUGCUUCUCAGCAAACAAUCCCAGCAGUGAUUAAGUAGGGACAUUAUUGUUUUAGCUUGUUUUUGUGAUUAAAGCCAAGGUGCUCCAGACAAAUAAAUGCACAGAUGAAAGCGGCCGAGAUCAAAGCAGCACCUCUCCCAGCUGGGUGCGGGCCAGGCGCUUUAUGGCAGGUGCUGUGUGCCUGGCUGGCACUCAACUGACAGCUUUCCAAGCACAUAAAAACUUAAUAGGCUGAAAAUAGAGUUUGUGGUCACAGACUGACAGCAGCAGCGCUGGCAGCUUGGGUCCGCUCCACGCAUGAGCUCCAGGGGAGCAGGGCUGGGGAACUCAGGCAGGGCAUCAGGCAGGAUCCACAGUGGAAUGCAGGUGCCUGGGCUCCCAGAUUGCAGGGGUAGGAGGGAGGCAGCAGAAUGCCCCAGAGCCCAGGGAAAGCCACGCAGCCGACUCUGUUUGCAGCCCCCAGGAUGCGAACACCCCAAGCACCAGAGCUCCUGCUUAAUGCACAGAGCUCUGCUGUCCCUCUGCCUCCCCGUGCAAUAAAAAGAAGACAUGUCAUCUCAUAAUGCAAUUUCUUGCUGGAAAUCAAUGCUCAAGUGCGUUAUGUUGACUUCUCCCAUCCUGCAGCUCCCAUGUGCCCUUGUUCAAGUGCAAUGAGAGCAGCAAGAAGACAAAGGCCAAGUUGCGCAGUGUGGGGCUUCUCUCUGGGCAGGAGGGAUGCGUGUGCGGUGUGACAGCUCUGGUGCACUUGCUGUGUGGGGGUAAGGAAAUGUAUGAGCGUGGGGCCGCUGCGCAGCAUUGCCUUCAUUCUAAUGCCUGUGACAGCACGCAAACACACUGCUGUGUGCACUGCCUGUGCAGCCCUGCGUUGGUUAGCACUGUGUCACCAGGCGGG